AUGAGUUCCAUCGGACAGAAAAUCAAAGAUGCCCUCACAGGGCAUCACGAACAUGAGAAGAGCGAUGUCAAAACCCCCGACGUUAACGCCCCUGGUGCUUUUCCUACCGACGAGCCCGCCACCAAGCACCAUGAUGAACACAACAAAUUGACUAAGGAGUCUCCAGUACAACAUCAUCAGGAAAAGUCAGACGAUGUUGAGCGAGGAGCGCUGCAUCAUACCGGUCACUCUCAUCAUGACCCAGAGCCCGAAACGAAGCAAGCAACCAGCGCGGCUGGGAACUAUCCCUACUGGGGUGACCUUCCGAGGGAAGGUGGCGAACAUGUUCACCGUGCUGAAGGGCCAGGCAUCGGUGCCACAGAGCAGCAUCAUGGGCUUAACAAAGAUUCAAGCCUUGCGACUGGUGCCUUGGCAGCAGGUGCUGGCACGGCCGGGGCGGGAUACCUCGCCUCGAGGUCGAAGGAUGAAGACGCAACAACAUAUGGAGGGACGAGGACAGGAGCAAGUCGCGAUCCGACCUUGGACAACCAAGGAAGCACCACCGAUAGGAAUGCUGGAGCCGCCGGAGUUGCUGGCGCUACUUACCUCGCGACUAGGGACAAGACUGAUCCCUACAAUCGGAGCGAGACGGAACCAACCCACAGGGCCUCGAAGUUCUCUGAACAGACCCAGACAGGCAAUACGAUUCAAAACACACAGACGCCAACUACCACGCAAAAGGUUGCCGAGACUGCUACUCCUACCAAGACGACCUCGGCAGGAGACAACAAUAGCCACAGAAGGGAAGAAGAAGCUCUUGCCGCCGGUGCUGGAGCUGCAGGUCUCGCUGGCGCAGGCUACUAUGCCUCACAAAAGGGGGACAAGACAUUUGACUCCACGAACGACCCUGCCUUUCAGACUACACAAGGGAGUCACACUCAAAACCCUAGUCACACGACCACAUCGACGGGUCGUCAUGACCCAUUAACCGAGACUCAAAAGGCUACCAGUGCUGCUGGAAACUAUCCCUACUUGAGCAGUGAGAAUAGAGAUGUCAAGGACAACAAAUUUGCGGAGACUACCACGCCGUCCCAGGUAGGCUCGAGUGGCGACAACCACAGAAAGGAGCAAGCUCUGGCAGCAGGGGCUGGAGCUUCAGGCCUCGCGGGAGCAGGAUAUUUGGCGAGCAGGAAACAUGAUGAUCGCAAAGACGAGACAACAUCUCGCACCAAUGUGCCUGGUGUCCAAACAACCAGCACUGAGCACCGAGCCCAUACCGCCAACCCAAUCAGGCACCACGAUCCUGAAGAUGAAGCCAAGCGCGCAACGAGUGGUGCAGGCAAUUAUCCUCACUGGGGCAGUGAUGAAAAAGGCAACAAUGACAACAAGGGUCUUUAUGCGGCAGGCCUUGGUGGCGCAGGUCUAGCUGGAGCUGGAGCUCUGGCUUCCAACAGGGCAGACCGCCACAGAGACGUGUUGCCUAGUACUACACGCGAGACGAGCUCCGGCGUGGUCGCUCCAGGCAGCCUAGCUCAACGUGACACCACAAGUCGUCAAGCCGACCCAACCACUGGUGGAGGUAUCCACAACACUGUUGUUGGAGCAGGAAGUUCCGAGUUCUCGCCCCCCUUGAGCUCUUCUACUACUUCAGCUACUGGCUACCAAACGCAAGGGUUAGGCCAACACAGCCAGCCCGCAGCCCAGGCCGCCGCCCAACAAGCGUGGAACAAGCAAGAGUCUGUUCCUUCCACCACUACGGAAGACGUAGGCAGGAACAACAAGCACUCAGGUCUUGGAUACGCAGCUGCAGGGACAGCAUUCGGUGCAGGGGCUACUGGUCUCGCCGCUGAGUAUGGUCAAGGCAAAGAACACGAGAACAACCCCCGGACUGAAACAUCCGAGAAGGUCGCACAUCGGGCUUUAGGAUCGGAUGGUAAGCCACAUGCGCCGGCAUCAUCGGAAGGUUCAGGCUUUGGGCAUGACAAGAGCACAUCUUCUGGUUUGACUUCGGGUCUUGCUGGCUCAACUGGCCAGUCAGGCGCGAACUGGGGUGGUGCAGGAUCAAAGGUUCUUCACAAGUGUGACAAUUGCGGCCAUGAUAACGACAUCAGCCGUUAUUUUAACAAAGAUGCUACCUUCCGGUCGCAGCAAUAG